GGCCCCGCUCCCGGCCAUGGCCCGGCGCUGCGCACGGCGGAGCCGGUCCGGCCCCGCGGAGCCGCUCCCGGAUGCCCCCGUUCCAGUGGUGCCACGGGUGCUCCUGCAGUCUGGGGCUGAUUUACACCAGUAAACCCUGCACGAUGCCCCCCAUCACAUUCCAGGACCUUCCACUCAACAUCUACAUGGUCAUUUUCGGCACCGGUAUCUUUGUCUUCGUGCUCAGCCUCAUCUUCUGCUGCUACUUCAUCAGCAAACUGCGGCACCAGGCGCAGAGUGAGAGAUUCGGGUACAAGGAGGUGGUUUUGAAAGGCGAUGCCUGGAGGCUGAAUGUGCAUGGGCAGACCUGUGCCGUCUGUCUGGAGGACUUCAAGGUGAAGGAGGAGCUGGGGGUGCUGCCAUGCCAGCAUGCCUUCCACCGAAAGUGCCUGGUGAAGUGGUUGGAGGUGCGCUGCGUGUGUCCCAUGUGCAACAAACCCAUGGCAGGUCCGGCCCAGCCCCACGCCGGCAUUGGCACUCUGCUGGAUGAGAUGGUGUGAGCGGCCCCGGUGGUUUUCAUGGGGAAAACGAAAGCUUUAAUCCUGAAGGAUUUGGGGUUUGCAAGCUGGGAUUUGGCUCGCGGUGCGUUGCUUUGUUUCUUUGGGGGGUGUUUGUUUGUACACCGCCCCAUUGUGCUCUGCAGGGACCGCCUGGGGGGAGUGUGGGGCGCAGCUGUGGGCGCUGCUCCCCCCUCAGGGCGCACAGUGCUCUGUACCCAUCGCUCCGGACUCUCAGCCUCCCCCCUUUUGGGGGAGAAGUGUACAGGUUUGGGUAAAACAGAUUAAACGGAUGUUUGUCA